AUGGCCGCCCCCAAAUCGGGCGGCUUCAAGAUGUCACUGGGGGCACUGAAGACAAAGCCAGGGCUUAAAUCUUCUCCCGCGCAGAAAGACACAAAAAAAACCAAGCUUCUACUUGGUGACGACGAACCAGACGAUUCGAAUACGCAACAAGAGAUCACAGGAUGGGACGCAGCGGAGGGCGGCGCGCUUGAUGCCAAUGAGAAGAAGGAGAAGGAGGGACCUCGCAUUAUUCCAGCUCUACCGAACCGCGAUUGGCGCGCAGAGGCACGGCGAAAACACCUUGCGAAAGCGCCACACCAACAAUCGCAGACCGAGACUAAGAUUGUCGAUGAGAGCAAGAUGGAGGAGCCGAAGGUGCAAUAUGGACUUACAAUUAUCAAGAAGGAUGAAUCACAAGAGAUCGGAGCUGCGGAGGCUGGAGCGCCAGAGCCUAUGGAGAUGAAGCAGGACAACCUUACAGAGGAGCAGCGACUUGAGAAGAAAGCUCUCGAUGCGCUGAUUAGCGGUAAAUCCACCGAUAAUGACCUCGUCAUUCCCGUACAGACGGAAGAAGAUGCGUUCUUGAAUGACGUUCACAAUGCGCCUGACGCUCCCACCCUCGAAGCCUAUGAAGCUACACCCAUUGAAGGAUUUGGCGCGGCGCUGCUUCGUGGUAUGGGCUGGAAAGAUGGAGAAGAAAUUGGCAAGAACGGCGUUGCUGCGAAACCGAAAGAAAUCAAGCGGCGGCCAGCGCUACUUGGCAUAGGCGCAAAGGAGGAGGCUGCUGUAGGCGUUGAGCUUGGUGAAUGGAGUGGUGGGAAAAGCAAAGGGAAGAAGGUCACGCAGAUCUAUAAUCCCGUUACGUUGCGGAACAAGCACACUGGCGAGGUUAUAACAGAAGAGGAGCUCAAGGCAAAACUUGAGCGACAGAGCAUGAUCCCGGACGAGAAGGCACCAAGAAGCAAGAGCAGAUACCACGAUGACAGCGAGGACGAUGAGCGAAGGCGUGAAAAGCGGAGAGAGAAACGAGAUGACCGCGACCGCGACCGCGACCGCGACCGUCGACGAGAUGGCGAUUACGAUAGCGAACGGAGGAAAGAUAAGGACCGUCGACGAGAUAAGGACGAUUACUAUGAUAGCGAUCGCCGCCGAGACAAUCGUAAAGAUCGAGCCCGGGAGGACGACUACGACAGCGAGCGUAGACGCGAAAAACGAAGAGAACGCAGUCGUAGCCCCGACGACCGAAGAGACAAACGCCGUGAUCGAUACCGCAAUCGUAGUAGGAGUCGUGAUCCCGAUGAUCGCAAGAAACGGAGAAGGGACAAGGAAUAUGACGAUGAGGACAGGUACGAGAAGAAGAGGCAUAGGGAUAAUAAAUAUUACAAGUAG